UUGGUUAUUGGUUGAACGCGCGCAUUCAGAAUUGUUGCGAAAGUGUUAAAGAAGUUUUUGAACCCGAAAACAGCAGUUAAAUGGCUUGAGUGAAAUCUCCUCUGAAAAUGGCGAUAGUGCAAGUAUUAGUGGAGCAAGCGUAAGACGUGUGUAAGGACGAACCCUCGCAGCGAAGGCAUAAGCCAAAAGUGAGAAACCAGCAGCCAAAGGACUACGCAAGGGGCAUACAAAUGCCAGCAGCCAUGCCGCAACUUGUCAUAAGCGGCACUGGCGGCUUACAAGCAAAAUAACCAGUCAGACAAAAGAACACCAGCAACUCGUCUCACAGCAGCAACCUCAGCAGGGCACAGGAGUGAAGUCAAGAGCAGCAGCUGGAGCAGCAGCAGCAUCACCGAAAUGGAACAGGAGACUGCAGCUGGACCUGCGAAGAAGAGCGGCACCACCUUGUCCGUGGACCGGGCCGCCUUCCUCCUGCUUCGCGUCAGGAAAGUGUUCAAGAAGAAGCGACAGCAGCGCAAGGAGCGACAAGCUCAGCAGAAUGCCGCCGCAGCGGCUGCGGCGGGUGGCGGUGGAGUGGGUGGUGCAGGCGGUGGCUCAGGGUCGCAAUCGCGACCGGGCAGCCGCAAGCUGCCGCCGCCAUUGUUACGGUCGCGCACACUGCCCGCCAUCAUUGUGCCAGGACUUCCGGUCGUCUCGCUGCACACGGAUAAACAAACAUUUCAAUUGGAGGAGCGUUUGUUGGGCAGCAAAAGCCGCAGUGGCAGCGCCAGCGGUCAUCGUUGGUCGUUGCUUACACGUGCCAGCAACAACAGCAAUUGCAGCAGCAACAACAAUCCCGCCAGCAGCAACAACAACAACAACUCGCAUUUGGCCAACAACAACAAUACGCUGAUGGUGAAAUCAUUGAAUUUGCCAAAAGACGAUAGCAAUUUGGUCUAUCGGCGAAAGUCCUCGGGCAGUACGCCCCACCAACAUCAGAAUUCGCAUCACCACCACCAGCAGCAGUUGCAUCAACAGCAGCAACAUCAGCAGCACGCUCACCUGCAGCAUCUGCAAAACCUAGGGGAUGCCUCUCUGUUCCACGUCUCCGAUGAUUUCGAAUGCCACGCGGACGGAUCACUGCUGCUCAGGAUUCCAGCGCCGCAUGUGGUGGCAGCUCGAGCCUAUCGACUGGCAGCCAGAAAGCGAGCCGCAGCCUCAUCGGAGGCCUCAACGCCGAUGUCCCGGGAGCACACCCUCCACGAGAUGCCCCUGGCGGAGACAGCCAGCUCGGGAUCCGGAUCCGCAUCCGGCUCUGGAUCGAGCACGACCUUUACACGGCUGGCCAAAUUGCUGCAUCAAUCAAGCGCCCUGGCAGGCAGGUCCAAUUUGCAGCCACCGCCGGCGGGUGACAAUGCGGUCCAGAGUCUGGGACGUGGCCUGGGCCUGGGUCUCGGCGAGGAGGCGCCACGCCGUCUGUCGUGGGAGAGGCGUAAGGACAGCAGUGCUCUUCAGCGCUCGGCCAGCAUCGACUCCUUUGCCGAGAUUGUGUUUAGCGAUUCGCCACGCCCUUCACUGGCCGUCACGGCGCCAGGUGGCUCCUCCGGAUGCGGAGGCGGAGGAGGAGGUGCCCCCUCUCCGUUCAGCAAACGUCCUUCGGCCAGCAGCCUGUACUCCACCUCAACGUCCAGCUCCUUUGGGUCACAGGCACAGGCCCAGCUGAAUGUCAAUUACGGUGACUCGGCAGCCGGAUCCGGAUCAGCGGGUGGACCGGGCUCAGGUCACCAUGGGGCGGCAGGUGGCAACGGGGGCAGCAGUGCCAGCAGCAGCCGGCGCGAGAGCAUGCUCAGCCCCUCCUCCACGCGACGCUCCAAGCUGACCAGAAUCAUAACCGCACUGUUCUCAGCGGUGGAGCAUGGUCAUCUGGAGAAGGCGCGCACUAUUCUAGAGUCAACCGACGUGGAUGUGAAUAGCAUUAACAACGAUGGACUUUCUGCCCUGGACUUGGCCGUUCUAAGCAAUAAUCGCUCCAUGACCAGGAUGCUGCUCCAGCAUGGCGCUGUUGAGGGCUCUCAAUUUUCCGUGGACACCAUUGGCACCAAGCUUAACGGCUUGCUCAAGGACGCCGAGUCGCGGAUUCACGAUCUGAGCGGACCGGAGGGUCUGUGCGCCCCCAUGUUCGCUUCGCGUCCAUCCAUCUCAAGCAUCAUAAUUGGAAAUUCAAGCGCCUCGGUGACCGGCUGCACGGGCAGCGAGGUAGAGAAACAGAUCGGCAUUUGGGAACGACGGGUAAAGGGACUGCGUCGUUUGCAACUUGGGUGGGAUCAGGCCAGACCACCAGAUGCACCCGCUUCCGUAGUGGUUGAUGUCACUGGCGACAAUUCCAUCAGCGUCCAAAUCCUAGAGCCCUUUGAGGGGGCUAUCGGCACAAAAUUCAAAGUUCAAUGGUCAACCCGCGCGGAUUUUAACAACAUUGUGGGUGAAAGUGAGCUGCUGGAAUGGAUUAGCUUCCAUGGCACCAUGGGCGCCCAAUGCCACAUAUCGGGUCUCACCCAGGGUCGUCGCUAUUUCCUGCGUGCCGCCUGCGGCAAUGUCAAGGGAUGGGGUGCCUUUAGGACUUCGGUGCCGGCCAGUGUGGUGCCCUCAACUUGGCGUGAUUUGGAAAAUCGGGAGGAUCGAUUUGUGGGCCGCCACCGUAUCCUAGACAAUCUGUUUACCGCCGUGCGUCUGGCUAGGCCCGCCGAUGUCUCUGAGCUGACCUUGGAUCCAGCGAAUGCCCAGCGGCGCAAUCCCAAAAAGAAGACAACCAUCAAACAGCUAUUCUCGGUUACCUCAAAAUUCCAAAAAACUUUAAGGCGCGGCAUAUACUUCUCUUGCAUUAUUCACUGCGAUGAUAAAGUAUUGGUCACCAGCGAGGACUUUCCGCCGGUCAUCGAGGUGGACGAAUCCUAUCCUAGUGCCCUGCACAUGGACUACUACUGGCUGAUGAAGGUGGCCUGCACUUGGGAAGAUGUAAAGUCACUGCGAUCUGAUAUGGAGCGCAAUCUCACCUCCGCCGUACAGUUUCGCACCAAGCUUCUUUCGGCCGUCUGCCAAAUGCAAUCAGCACUGGGCAUCACGGAUUUAGGACAGUUGUACUAUAAGCCUCUGAAAGAUGCCCAAGGCACUGUGGUGCUGACCUGUGUGCAGUCCGUGAAGAGCCAGAAGGCCGUCUCCAUCCUGAAUUCGCGAUGGCUACCAGUCAGCAAGCUGCAAAAAAAAUUGGGUGCUCUGCACGAGGAUUACACCAUCAACGAGCUGCUCAUCUCUUCGAUUGGGGAUCAAUUGCACUACCAACAGGCGGCACUGCAGCGUUUGGAGCCGGGCCUCUAUCUCGGCUACCUGAAGAUGCAGUGCUCCAUGGACCAGAUCCAGGUGGUAGUCCCAGUAAAAACGCCGAAUGUUCUGCCCCACUGCAAGGUUCGCGAAAAUAGUCACAUUACUGCCGAGGAGUGGCAAGUGCUUCACCGAUGUAGUAGCGAUCCUCUUCGGCUACCGCUGGACUUCAGCUCUCAUGGAGGGGAGUCAGCUUCCGGAGGAGCACCGACCACGGAGGUUCAGCGCCUUUUUCUGUACGAUCUCACCAAUGCAAUGCACAAGUUGUUUGCUAGUAUGAACAUCAAAGGGGCGGAUGCAACCACCCACCGUCUGUACGACGUGGAGGUGAUCGAGCAUAGUCCGGAUAUCAGUUUUCUAGUGGUCUGUCCAUCCGCUGAGUCUUCUUGUGCAGUGCCCGGCCAGUCGGAGUUGCUGCUACAGAGAGACGAUUUGGCCAGCUUAAGUAUCCAGGCCUUUGAAAUGAUUCACCUGCGAACCUAUCAGCCAGCCAUUAUACAAAAGUAUGCCCGCCUAUCCUGCAUCCUUGAAUUGGAUACUGCACUGGCCACACAUUCACUGCGCGAGGCCUUCUCCAGCAGCGAGCUUCAAGCGGCCAAGGAGCGUUUGGCCACGUUGCAGGAGCUGAGUGCUAGCCUAACGAUCGUGUGGAAGAGCGUGCGCUGGCUAAUGGACGUGGUGGCAUAUGCCCGAAAUAAAAAUGCCCAGCCCUCGCUGGCGAUGCGCGAAAUCCUGGACUUUGCCCAGCAGCGACAUGAUGAAUCAGUAACGAGUUCGACUUCGGGUUCCGCCAGUAAGCAGUUACUACAGUUGCCCAUCCGCGAGAGUAAGUUCUCCAAGACGGGCCAGGGAAGAGGCAGUUGGCCAGGUCCAGGAACCAGCGAAGAUCCGGCGCAGGGCAAGUCGGAGCACUCCAAGUCGGAGCAGAAUCUAGAAUUCAGUGCUAUUACGCCAGUGGAACCUGCAGCCAAACAAGUUCAUACACAGCAGCAAUCCCAGCAGCAAAUACAACAGCAUCAACAACUUCAGCAACAGCAACAACAACUGUUACAAGUUUCCACGACCAGCGAAUAUGCCGGCUCCAUUUGCUCGGAAGUAUCCUUUAGAAAGAACAGUGGUGACUCCAUGAGCUCCACCUACACGUCCCGUAGUUUCUACUCCGCUGUGGAUUCAGCCUCGGAUGGAAAUAGCACGAACAGCGUGUUUGCCAUCCCGCCUUCGCGUUCCGAUGAUACCCUGGCAGAUGCACUGCGUCACUCUCAGGCGUUGGCUGCCCAACGCAAGCGAACCAGCUCAAAUAUCGGAUCCCAUACCAAUCCCCUAAUCACUGUGCACAGCUCUAGUUCGGCUCCAUAUCUGGCUGGGUCCAGUGCUUCCCUAAGAAGCGGAAAUGGAGCAUUCGCCACAGAUUUGGAACACAAACCGCUUAAACCAGCAGCAAAAGCAGCCUCUAGCGCCAACCUACGCGAGGGUGGACCCUAUUUAAAGAGCACUCUAGCUGAGCUACGAGCUGUGGGUGGCGAGGAGCCGGUGGCCAGUACCUCAAAGGCUUCAUCUAUGAAAAGCUUGUCGCGGCAGAGCAGCGAGGAGGACUCCGCCAGCUGUUCCAGUCUCAAUGUAGAACAAUCGCCGGGGAUUAUUCAAGUAUAUACCGCCUACAAUACGGGAUUGGCCAGUGGAACCAGCCUGAAGCUGCAUGUGACACCCAAGACGACCGCGCGGGAAGUGAUCAACCUAGUGGUGAAGCAACUGAACAUGGCAGUGGUGCUCAAGGGAAACAACGGGCCCAUCUACGGCCCUGAAACGCUGGAGGACUUCUGCUUGGUGGCUGUGAUUGGAGCAAGGGAGCGUUGUCUGCGAGAUGACUUCAAGCCGCUGCAAUUGCAGAAUACCUGGAAAAAGGGGCGUUUGUACGUGCGGAAAAAGCUCGAGCUACUCGCGGCCAUCGAACAUUCUAACCGAAAAUCGCAUUUGAUCUGAACCAUCUGAUUCAAAUCUUACAAGAAAUGGUGAAUAGUCGAGGGCGCGAAGCACUUAUAGUUAUAGUCCGGGUGACAAAGAGAUAUCUAGAGAUUUAAAAACUUAAGAUUUAGGUGCCUGAGAGGAGGCAAAGACACUUUAUAUUUUGGCUUUUUAAAUCUUCAGAGAUUACUCUUCCAUCUUCCGUUCCACGUCUUGUAAAUUUUGUUGUGUUUCGGUUUUAGGGUUCCCCAAAUCACAAUUCCCAAUCACUCCCACCCUUUUUCAGGGUAAUGAUCGUUGACCAAUUCCCGAAUUAGACUGAAUUACUUAUGUAUGCUGCAAUGGCAAACUGAUGAAAUUGUAUUUAAAAUGGUAUUAUAUUUUGAGUAGUUAUACAUUCAACGUUACCCGAAAAAAAAACACACGAAUCGGACAAAACAAAAACAGAUUGUUGUUAGUUGUUCUAAAUUAAAUAAGGUUACGACCAUACAUAAGUAGUAUGUAUAUUAUAUAAAUAUUAUGCGUGCAUCAAUGUAUUUUAUUGUAUGUAUUUUGUAGUUUAGUAAACAAAUAUUUUGAUUGUAUUUUUGCGGCAUUUUUUAGGGGCACAUUUUUUGAUCUAAAUGUUAAAUCGGUAAAUACGGAACACAAAACCAAACUAAAUCGAUGGCAAAACUUAAAGAACACGAUGCCAAUAUGCAUUUUAAGUGUCACUCUUGGUGUCUUUGAUGUGUGUGUGUUCUUGAACAUUGCAAUUCCUUUGGAUUAAAAAAAUACUUUAGCUGUAAUCAAUUGUUUAGUAUGUAAAGAAAAUCAUCACUCAAAAAAUGAUAACGAAAAAGGAAAAUAUUUUUUAAAAAUAUAUUGGUACAGCUGCAUGUUGAAAAAAAAUAAUAGGCAACUCCAAAUUGAAAUUUAAAUAUUUGUAUUUAUAAAAUGUAGCAAUGAGAAUUUCAAGUCCGGACCCUAUCUACUCCACUCAGCAAUUGGCUCGACGAGCUUCUUACAUACUUGAUAAUCCUAUGCCCCAUUUCCCCAAUCUACUCAACUGUUGGCCCACUUAGAACCCAUACUAUUAACGUGGCUAUCUCAAUGUGCAAAGCCGUAUGUGUCUAUAAAUAACUAUUCUACUCUGUACUCUCUCAAUAGGAAAUACCAUAAGUAAAUUAGAGGAAAUUCUUCAAAUACACUUGUUUGUUGUGAACCGGUAGACAAAGAAACAGUUUCAUUGUCAAGCUCAUGUCCCAAAUUAAUUUAUUUCCAUCGGAAAUCAAUAUAGAUUGGAGUCGCUGUUCGUGAAAAAAGUAUACAUUUUAAAUCUUAUGAGAAACUAGACGAGAACACUUACUUUAAAAGAAUGUGCAACACAGAGUCCAUAACAGAGAUAUCGAACUAUUUAAGAUAUCUAAGACCAACAAACGAUGUUUGUACGUUUUCUCUUGUUUUUGAGAUGGCGAAAAAGGUGAUUUUGAUACAUUUUUUACUCUAUGGUUUACCAGUCCUAGGGCUCAAAGAACAGCAACGAACGUAGCUUUAUUUUGACCACAGAAAUUAUACCCCCUUUGCGUUCACAGCCCGGUUUCAGAUUUGUAUUACCGCCACCCAAUUGCCUCGAUUCGAAUGGUACCCAGAUCAGAAUGGUCGAACGAACAACGAAUGUAAACAAGUUCCAAACUGAGUGGCCAGUUUCAGUUUGUUAAUUCGGAAUGCCAAUUAAACGAUUUCAAUUGUCAGACACAGCGUCCGUCCCCAGCAAAAGAGCGUUUGGUUUUUUGGAAUGGAGCGAAAUUAUACAGAGUAUUAUUUUGAAUUGCGAUCCAGUGAGAUUAGUUUUUACGAUGCAAUCUAAUUGUAGCUAUAGCUAAUUGUUAAUGGCCUACAAAAAUCUAAAAUGUAAAUGUAACCAAAAGCAUUGAACGAUAAAUGUUGUAGUCUCUUCGCAUAUGAACAUGAAAAACACAUCAAAGCAGACAUUUCCUGUAAUUAGAUUAUAUAGAAGAUGAAACUUAUCAAGUGUAACUCAGCCCAAUGUCAGUACAUUCAUUAUCGACUACCUGUGUACACUUUUGGUGUGUUAAUGGCCUAAAAAUAUACAAUACACUCCAAUUAAGGAGCUAAAAAGAGGACAGCUAGCGUUGGUAAGGAUAAUGUGAGUACGAAGCAUUCAAAGAAUAUUCAAUUAACUUAAUAAAGACUCAACAAUUGUUAUGGUGUAAUUCCAAA